AUGGAGGCUGUUGACUCAACGCGUGCGUUUGUGAAAGACGUUAGGCGGGUCGUCGUCAAGGUUGGGACUGCUGUCGUCACUCGAGCUGAUGGAAGAUUAGCUCUUGGAAGAUUAGGAGCUCUCUGUGAGCAGAUUACUGAACUGAUCUCUCAAGGAUACGAGGUUGUUUUGGUGUCUUCAGGUGCUGUGGGUGUUGGCCGUCAACGGCUUAGAUACAGGAAAUUAAUCAACAGCAGCUUUGUAGACCUCCAAAAACCCCAGCUGGAACUUGAUGGCAAGGCUUGUGCCGCAGUUGGACAGAAUGGUCUUAUGGCCCUUUAUGAUACUUUGUUCAGCCAGUUGGACGUGACAUCUGCUCAACUUCUAGUUACUGAUAAUGAUUUCAGAGAUCCAGCUUUUAGGAAGCAGCUUAAUGAGACUGUUAAAACUUUGUUAUCUCUUAAAGUUGUUCCUAUAUUUAAUGAAAAUGAUGCAGUGAGUACCAGGAAGGCACCUUAUGAGGAUGCUUCUGGAAUAUUCUGGGACAACGACAGUUUAUCAGCUCUACUAGCGCUCGAGCUAAAAGCUGACCUUCUUGUUCUUUUGAGUGAUGUAGAUGGUCUAUACAGUGGUCCACCUAAUGAUUCCCGUUCUGAAUUAAUUCAUACGUACAUUAAAGAAAAGCAUGAGAGAGAAAUAACUUUUGGAGACAAGUCUAGGGUGGGAAGAGGGGGGAUGACUGCUAAAGUAAAAGCUGCUGUUUAUGCUGCUUAUGCUGGCAUCCCUGUUGUUAUCACCAGUGGUUUUGCUGCUGAUAAUAUCAUAAAAGUUCUAGACGGAAAGCGUGUUGGUACGCUGUUCCAUCGGGAUGCUAAUAAAUGGGUCCCACAAGGAGAAGUUGGUGCGCGUGAAAUGGCAGUGGCAGCUAGAGAAAGUUCAAGGCGAUUGCAAGCUAUGCCUUCACAAGAGAGAAGUAAAAUUUUGCUAGAUGUAGCAGAUGCAUUGGAAGCAAGUGAGAAGCUAAUAAUGGAAGAAAAUGAAACUGAUAUUGCAGAGGCUCAGCUUGCUGGAUAUGAAAAAUCUUUGGUUUCUAGGCUGGCCUUGAAACCUGGUAAGAUUAAAAGUCUUGCAAAUGCUAUCCGCAUGCUUGCUAACAUGGAGGAACCUGUUGGUCGAAUUCUGAAAAGAACAGAGAUUUCAGAAGGAUUCAUAUUAGACAAGACGUCAUCUUCCUUGGGCGUUCUCUUAAUCAUAUUUGAGUCCCGACCUGAUGCCCUUGUUCAGAUAGCAUCAUUGGCACUGCGAAGUGGCAACGGACUCCUUUUGAAAGGGGGAAAAGAAGCUAGACGGUCCAAUGCAGUCCUACAUAAGGUAAUUACUUCUGCAAUUCCAAAAAGUGUUGGGGAACAACUCAUUGGACUUGUGACAUCCAGAGAAGAUAUACCUGAAUUACUCAAGCUGGAUGACGUAAUUGAUCUUGUGAUUCCAAGAGGCAGCAACAAGCUUGUUACUCAAAUUAAGAGUUCAACAAAAAUUCCUGUUCUGGGCCAUGCUGAUGGAAUAUGUCAUGUGUAUGUAGAUAAGUCUGCUGAUAGGAAUAUGUCAAAGCAGAUUGUUCUGGAUGCAAAAACGGAUUACCCUGCUGCCUGCAAUGCUAUGGAAACGCUGCUUGUUCAUAAGGAUUUGGUACAGGAUGGCAGCCUAAACGAACUUAUAGUGGAGCUUCAAAUUAAAGGUGUCACAGUAUAUGGCGGACCUCGAGCAAGCUCUCUACUCAAUAUUCCAGAGGCCAGUUCAUUGCACCAUGAAUAUAGUUCUCUAGCAUGCACAGUAGAAAUUGUGGAUGAUGUAAAUGCUGCCAUUGAUCAUAUACAUCAGCAUGGAAGGCAUGUUUUUGCCCACACAGACUGCAUUGUGACAGAAGACAAUGAAGUUGCUGAGAUCUUUUUACGACAAGUUGACAGUGCUGCGGUAUUUCACAAUGCGAGUUCAAGAUUUUGUGAUGGCUUUCGUUUUGGAUUAGGUGCAGAGGUUGGGAUCAGUACAAGUCGCAUUCAUGCUCGUGGUCCUGUUGGUGUUGAGGGGUUGCUUACAACACGGUGGCUUGCAAGAGGCAGUGGACAGGUGGUUAACGGCGACAAAGAUAUUGUGUACACUCACAAGGACUUGAGUCUGCAGAACUGA